GAAGCAACCACAGUUGGCGAUUUGGCGAUUUCUGCUUUCCUCCGGCGAUGGUGGAGGUGCUGCGGGUCGCGGUGGAGCCCUGCGGCUUGUGCGCGCUGGACGCGCCGCUGCAGCUGGAGAUCGCCUUCAGAGCCACGGGAGGAGGAGCUCUGCCGAAGGCGCACUGGGAGCUGCGCUUCGUGGCGGAUUUGGUGCAUCACCAGCUCCCCGUGGAGCUGACGCUGGAUGCGAGCGAAAGCCAAAGCGAAAGCGAAGGUGAGCGGAUCGAGAUCCUGCGGGCGAGCAGUGCCAGUUGGCAGCCGGUGCUGGCCUUGCCCCAGCCGGCGCUGGAGAGUUUGGGGCUGUUGGAGGCCCGGCUUUUGGCGGACGAGGCGCCCGGGCCGGCGAGAGAGCUGGCGCUGGUGCGGCUGGUGGCGGACGUGCGGCGCAGCGGGGAUCAGGUGCUGCGGGGCCUGCUGGAUCCCUUCAAGUAG